AUCGGUUAAUUUUGAGUUUAGUGGGAUCAAAUGGAAGCAAGGUAUUUCCGAAUCCUAAGGCUAUUAGGAAAAGGUAACAGGGCAAGAGCUGAAGCAGAUGGUCGCUUGUUGCGCCUAAAACUGGGUUACAGCCAUGAAGUUGAGUUGCCAGUUCCGCCUGCUGUUCGUGUCUUUUGCUUUAAACCUGACAAAAUCUGCUGUGUUGGAAUCGAUAAGGCAAGAACGCUUCAGUUUGCUGCUACUGUUAGGAGUGUUAAGCCACAUGACACAUACAAUGAAAUAGGUAUACGUUACAACGAUGAAGUCGUAAAGAUGAAGCCUGGAAAGAAGGGCAGAUUAAAGAAAAAAGGUUACAUAUUCUGA